CCCUUCACGGGCCGCAUCACCUUUUACGGUUUAACCGUUAAAUCCUUAACAACCUGAAAACAACAAACCAAAUCCACCUUCUAAACCCUUCCUAAUCUUCUCUCUCUCACUCUAACCACCAAUGGGCAGCAACCAACAAGCAGUUACCUUCUUAACCAAUCUCGCACGCGCCGCCGUAGGUCUAGGCGCGUCCGCCACUCUCCUGAACUCCUCCCUCUAUACCGUCGACGGCGGCGAACGCGCCGUCCUCUUCGACCGCUUCCGCGGCGUAAUCGACGCCACAGCCGGCGAAGGUACUCACUUCCUCAUCCCAUGGCUUCAAAAACCCUACAUAUUCGAUAUACGUACAAAACCGCACACUUUCUCAUCAAUUUCCGGCACAAAAGAUCUACAAAUGGUUAAUCUAACCCUACGCGUGUUAUCUCGCCCCGAAGUUAACAAAUUACCGACCAUUUUCAAAACCCUAGGGCUUGAGUAUGACGAAAAGGUCCUUCCGUCGAUUGGAAACGAGGUUUUGAAGGCGGUUGUGGCGCAAUUCAACGCUGAUCAGCUUCUUACAGAGCGCCCGUAUGUCUCCGCAUUGGUUCGUGACAGUUUGAUUCGCAGGGCUAAGGAUUUCAACAUUUUGCUUGAUGAUGUGGCGAUUACGCAUUUAUCGUACGGUGCGGAGUUUUCAAAGGCGGUGGAGCAGAAGCAGGUGGCGCAACAAGAGGCGGAAAGGUCGAGAUUUGUGGUAGCAAAGGCGGAGGAGGAAAGGCGUGCGGCGGUUAUUAGGGCGGAAGGGGAGAGUGAGAGUGCAAAGUUGAUAUCGGAUGCGACAGCCGCGGCUGGGAUGGGGUUGAUUGAGCUUAGGAGGAUUGAAGCCGCAAGAAAGGUUUCUUCAACCAUGGCUAAGAGUGGGAAUGUUGUUUAUAUUCCGGAUAGUGGGAGUCGGAUGCUCAUUGGGGUUAAUCCGUCUGGGUGAAUUGGAAAAUGUUAUCGGUUUGGUUAUUUAUGCACAUAUGCGGUUAAGAUUACUAGGCUAUAUGUUAUGGUGGAGUGACAGGUUUAGUUAAAGUGAGUCAUUUAGACGCUACCUAGGCAUUAGGGGUUCGUGCUCGGACUCGCUCAAUAAAGAUAUGUAAUGGUCAUCUUGUGAUGAUCAUACAUUAGCCGGCUAGGCAUGAGGGGUUUUAUAAUCACACUCAAUAAAGAUAUAUGUAAUGGUCAAGUUAUAGUGAUCAUGCAUUUAUAUUUAACAUUU